UCUUUUGAAAGCUAUAACCGGAAGUUGUCUUUUUUUCUGGCUGCUAUGACACGUCUGCUAACCAUUCUCCCCCUAAUUUCAGGGAUUUCAUUCAACUACUUUUAGAUUUUAGCGUUUUAACUGAGACACAUGUGACCUGUCGCGUGGGCAUAAGGCGAAAAAGGUUUUACAGUUAACAGUAAUUGACAGAGUUGUGGAUGUUUUCUAUUGACAUACCUCGUACCCGCGAGCUAGCUGCUUGGUAGUUAACGAUGCGGGCAUUGCAUAGCACGUUCCAUUCAUUUUGGCUAACGCUAGCUUUACAGUGGCGGCUCACGCUCACCUGAGCAGGGUUUGGUGUACUUGCUAGCGUUAAGUACUUGUCGUUGCUGCACUUGAGUUACAUAGUCCAGCUACAGUGUGACUUUGAUUUUCUGAAUUGAGAGAUAAAAGCCUCGUGUUGUCAGCCUGCAAAGUGAAUUAACUAGGUUAGCAAGGUAACGUUUCCUUUUACUAACUAUUAUGGAGUAUGAACAUAAAGCGAAGGCAGUGGCUGACUGCUUGCUGAGCUACAAGAGGGAUGAGUCCGGGUGGAAAGUCUGCAAGAAAUCGAAUGACGUGGUUGUGUCUUGGCGUCCCUCGUCAGAGUUCCCGGGGAAUGUUUAUAAGGGGGACGGGAUUGUCAGCGGCAGCCUGGAGAAAGUGUGGGAGUGUCUGAAACCAGUACCCAACGGGCUCAGAGUCAAGUGGGACAACAAUGUCAAAAAGUUUGAACUUUUGGAACAAAUUACAGAGGACAUCUCUAUCUGCCGAACAGUCACGCCCUCAGCAGCUAUGGGUAUCAUAGCUCCACGAGACUUUGUAGAUGUUAUUUUAGUUAAACAAUACGAAGAUGGCACCAUUUCAUCAAAUGCCACCAAUGUGAGUCACCUGGGCUGUCCUCCCCAGUCUGGCUACGUGAGAGGAUUCAACCAUCCAUGUGGUUGCAUCUGUGUCCCCAUCUCAGGAGAGCCCAACAAAACCCAGGUGUUCAGUUUCUUCCAGACAGACCUGGGUGGCUUCCUCCCUCGCUCCGUGGUCGACUCGUUCUUCCCCUCCAGCAUGGCUGAGUUCUACAGCAACCUGGCCAAGGCUGUCAAAUCCCUCAAGAACCUUUGACACCAAGAGUUAGGAAAUCUGCCUUCCAACCUGAGGCCUACUGACUGGUCAGGCCAAACGUUCAUUCCAUUUUAAACAGUCCAAACUCAACAGCAAUCAGCACACUGAGGUUAUCAAACGAUCGCUUAUUCCAAAUAGAUCGAAUCCACGAUUUAUGUUUAAUGUGCAUUCCUAUAUUCCUGUGUUACUGCAGGAGUAAAUAUUCAACAGUCAACCCGCUUAUUUGAAAUCAGUUUACACAUUGAGAAGUCCCAAAAUAUGAACAAGGGCUUACAUCUGACAAAACCUGCAUCUUAAACGCCAGUCUCUUUACAUCCCCGUCUGUGAGAUACAUUUAUUUCCUACAAUCUAAAGAAUAACAAUAGAUGUAAAAUCUGUAUUUGUACAUGUGCUAAAAAGUACAGAAUAUCUUAACUUUUUACCAGAGUGAUGAGACACCAGACAUUUCCUCUUCAUGUAAUUGCAUACUUCAGUGUGUACAGUAAACAUGCAUGUUGCAUGGACCUUAUUUACCCUAUGCUGGUAUCAGAUUAUUGGUUUGGAGUACUGACUCAUACCUCAUAUUUAGUUGUUUGUGUUGUACUUGAAAUGGCAUAGUUUAGCUCAUCUGUGAACCCUGAGUAUCUGCCUCUUUUAUCAGCUACACUGAAAUACUGAAGCACAGGUGGGAUGUCAUACAGAAGGUGGCCUUUUUAAACAAAAGAAUGCCUUUCGAAUAAGACACGUUUAGUGCUGCUCUAUUGGGCAAAAAAAAAGUCUUCCCCUUUUUUCCUGCCAUUGGUUUUGGAAGUACAUUUCCCUGUCUUUUUCUUCAUAUACAGUCCCUGUAAAAUCCUCAUGCUGUUUUAAGAUUAGAACCAAACCAGCUGCCUGCAGAUGGUCUCACAAGUUCAGCGUAGUCUCAGCAUAUUUGAGCUAGCUUCUCAAAACUUUACAACAGCGUUUCUCACUGACUGGGCUCACAAAGAUGGUCACCAGCUGACGCUGGAUUUUCCAGUUCAGCGUUAGACCUUUUAUAAUCAAAGGUGAUAUGAUGUGGAGAAAAGAAAUCCCAUGUAACAUGGACAAAUGCCAAUCACAUAUUUUAAGAUACAAUACAUGUGUUGAAAUGAGGUCACUGCAUGUGUAAAAUAACAUGAUUUAGGAUGUAAAAUAAUCUAUCCACACUAUAGGCUGAUAUUUUCAAGACACCAGGCUAUUUUCAGUAGCUGAUACUGUAAAAGUGAGUAAAGAAAUGGUUCAUUAUCAGCUAUGUUCUUCUCUCAAGACGAAACUGUUCCAAUGCAUAACUGUGAGCAAUGCAAAGAGUCAAGACUCAACAUACAUAAGUAAGUCAAAAGUAAACUGACAAAGAUAGAGAGCUUUACUAGAGAUGGUGUAAAGGAGACAGUGUAAAAGUGUAAAAGCAAAAUGCACCAUGAGGUGUGUCAAUGUAAUGUGUCUAUUAUCAGAAUACCUGAGUGCAUUAAUGCUCUUAUAACAUGGGCACUUAGCAAAGGAUUGUUUGGUAAGGUAGAGUGAAGCAUCUUUAUUGCUGCUAUGGUCAGAUGCAUUUUAAUGUACUUUCUGUAUUUGGGGCUAGUACUCACUUCAUUUAAAACACUUGACAAGAAUUACUCACAACAGUGUUGUGAAUACAUAAAAGUCUAGUCCUGUAAUUAGAGAUGGGUUGCCUGUUCUAUUUUGGAUCCAGUUCCGGGUUGGUAAAAUACCCGGAAACUCUGCGGCCGACGAAUCCCUUAUUGAAUCUUUCAUUCGUGCUCUCUCUUAGUCUCUUUUGUCACUUUCUGACACUACCGACAUCUGAAAAAUAACUGAUGACGUAAACAAACACGUGCCAAGUCAGCGACACAGUUGUUAACAAGACUGACUGAAUGAACAUGGCGGACCGCCUUAAACGCUCUAAAGCAAACUGCACCAUAGCCAACAAACAACUGUGAAAUGCAAUAUAUACAGGGGAUUACUCACGAUAAAGGAGGGAACGACAAGUCUCUUGCUUAAAUAUUUAUCUAGCGUUUAAGUAAGAACUUGUGGCAUUUUUGAUAACUCGAGGAGGACGUGUGCUCUGUCUCGGCCUGCUGCCGGUGUUACACCGGAUUCUGUGACUUAUCAGAGUCUGACCUGGAGCGGUGCAACAGCGAUUUCGCCUUCACGUAACGCAAAGUGCAUGCAGAAAAAUCUGGGAUUUAUUUAGUUGAUGUUUGCUGAACGAUAAAGUAGAAUUAAUAUUAUUUCCGCUAUGUCGUUUUACUUUAGCUUCUGCAGCUGUAGCACAGCCCCCGAAUGAGGAGCAAACGACGUUUUCCCUCGCAGCAAAAGGAAACGUGAGUCGGGGUGGGGGGCGCUGCGCUGUACUGCCCUGACGUUUUGACAACAGCUAACGGAAACUUAGCCGGCCCGUCUGCGUGCGCAGAGAGCAGCUGCGCACACGCCCCUUGGAUGGCGAUGUGGGUUGCCAGGUUGCGGUGACAGACGGGUUGAAAGCGUAUGUAGUGUGUGGAUUGUGUUCAUAGACAAUCUGGCAACUUGGGUGACGUCAGACAAACAUCCAAAACUUGGAUCCGUGUAUCUCGGUGUAUUCAUAAUAAAGUGCAAAUUACGGGAGUUUCUGAGGAGAUGAUCCUUUCUUAUAGAUUGAACUACCUACAAGAAAAGCCGAAACGAUUAGUUGAUUAGUUGAUUAGUUGAGUGAAUUAAUUGGCAACUGUUGUUGUUAGUCGUUAAAGUAAUUUUUCAUGCAAAAAUGUCAAACAUUUCAUGGUUCCAGCUCUCACAAUACAGUAUAUAUAUAAUAUAUAAUAUAGUAGUAUAACAGUCACAAGAGCCAUUUUCUGCUUUGAGUACAUUUUCUUGAUUCUACUUUUAACAUUUUAAAUGCAGGAUUUUCACUUGUAAGGAAGUAUUUAUACAGUGUGGUAUCAGUACUUUUACUUAAAGGAUUGGAAUACUUCCUCCACCGCUGCCUCUGUGAGACUAGAAAGCCAGAUUUAAGUGUCCUCUGUAAACACUAAUCUUGCUUCCUGACAGAGGUCCUACUCAAAGCUUGAGCUCCUACCAAAACGCAGAAGAACGAAACUCAAACGACAUGGAAAGACUGAAACAUAACAUUAACAGAGGCUCAUCCCGUACACCUUAGAAUUUAUAUUAAAUUCUUUAUUGUUGAUGCCGUUGCGGAUUGACAAAAAAUGACACUGACCCUUAUUAUGCAGUUAACCAGCAAAUUAAUGUUACUUCAGUGAGUCACGUAACUCGUGCCACGUUAAAGCAGGGUUUUUGUUACAUGUGCAUAAAGACACUCUGUGAUCCAUGUGAUGGCAUGUGUUGUAGUAGUCGUUUUGUCAAAGGCCAGUUCCAGUAUAUACAGUUUUAGUCAAAGUCCAGUUUCUCAUAAGGCCCCCUUACUGUCUACACAUUGUAGUCAAUGAGAAUUCUGUAUGACCAAAAAGAAAUGGGAAAUGUACUUGUGGAACUUGUAGUGGACAUUAAUGAGAGUAUUUCCACUUGUCCAAUGACAGAGGUCCAUCCACUCUAACCAUUGGCUUUAUUUACAUCAUGUCUUCACGUUAGACAGAAGGGGGGUGAACAGCUUCACUCUGCUGUACCUGCGCACUAAAGUCAAAGCUUACAGCACUUGAAAGAAAAAAUGUAAAAUCAUGUCUGUAUUUAAUAUCAUAACAAUAUAAAAGUUGCUACUGUAUUUAUAUACAUACAUAUUAUAUACAGAAUAUACAAAUGUAAGUUAUGUCACAACUGCCAGAAUCCUCUUCAGGUAUUCAGACAAAGAAUAGUCGUCACCACAAAUGUUCUGUACUUCUUAUACUGCAGCUCACUUUGAUCCACGAAAUGAGAAAAUGCUACAUCUGCGUAAGCCUUCCCUUCAAUAUCUCUUCUUUAAAGCUAGGGUGGGUAAGGUUGGGGAAACUAACGACAGUAUCCAACCGAAAGAUUCCCUUUCGGGCUGAAUGAAAUGAUUGGCCACAGAUACUGGAUUUAUUUGUUUUAAUUUCCCCAGAGCAUUUGAUUUAUUGAUGUCUGUCGGGAUGUAAAGAGAAUUUCAACAAAUAUAACAAACAAUGCUUCUGAAAUACAUUACCUACCCUAACUUUAAGGUUGAAGUGGUGGCUGAAGUCUGACUUAAUUAACUGGAUUAAAUAUAUUGCUUGAACAUGAUUAUUAUUGUGUGACGAAAUCCCUCAGUAUGAAAUGAACGAAUAAAGACGAGUAUCUGAGUCAGGGGCGGCUGGAUGAACCAUUUGAGUUGUGUAGUAAACUGUUGGCGUACCCACUUGCUCCAGAGCCUUCAUGUGUAUGAUAAGCCAUAUAGGGGGACAUGUUUUAACUGGUAUUUUUUAGGAGUAUCAAGAUUCUUUUAAAAAUGUGUUUGCGCUUAACCUGUAACAUCUUUUUACCUCACAGUGUAGCCAGUAAUCUUAAUGAGAGACAUCCUAAUUACACCAUUUUCAAGUCAUGUGUGUUUGAGAUGUUAUUGCUUACAUGUGGAUCUAAGGCAUUUUCAUGUGUGUAUAUUGUUUAAAUGGAGCCGGCAGGUUUUUUUUAAUGUGAAAUUGUCUCAAUGUACAUACAAGCAGCUGCUAAAGUCGAAGAAACCCCCAGUUACAUGAGGAAUACAGUGAAUGGAAACCAGAGAAGCACAUAUUCCUGGCAUUCACAGUAAAUCAACACUAAUCACCUUUUGGACUUCUUGACCCCAUCUCUACCUGGUAUUAACAUGUGACCUGUAUCUGAUUACAUUAUCUGGAUAAAAACAUGUGAUGACAGGCCUCUGCAUUCACACCUACUAUUAAUAAGUGUUCUCAUUACCUCUUCUGCCCGCAUUGUGAUCGGGUUUCAGUAUUCUAAUAGGUGGAGUUAUCAACAAACAUGGUACAGUAUGUCUCAGGUUAAAGUGGCUGUAAUCGCUAUUUUUUUCAAUAAGUGUAUCAAAUUACAAUGUGAAAACUGUGCUAAUUGUUUAGCUGACUUUACUGUUUUGGUUAAUAAUAAUAAUUACUUCCUUUACUCAUAGUGUUGUUUUUGGCAGCGGCAGGCAGCUGUUUUGAGUGAAAAAGCUCUAGAAACCCGCUGAACACGAGCUGCUCAGCAGCAGACCGCAGACUGACGCAGUCAGAGAGCAGCUGGUGAACAUAGUGCAGCGUUUAGCAGCUAAAGAGCUGCCAGAUAUUUCCCUCAGGAGCUGCUGGAGAACAAAAAAAUAGCUGAAAGAGAGAGAAUAUUGGACUUAAAGUCGCCAGGUGGUCAGAAACUCCUUAAUUCUAAAAAGCAAUUGUUUUCUAACAAGUUUGCCAUAUCAACUUAAAAGGUGAUGAUAAGUCGAGGUCAUGUUCACAACUUGGCUCUGCUGCCUCCUAGUGGCCCAAAAGUUAUUGCAGGUUUAGGGGAAGUGAUGCGUGAUUCUCUCCGAGGACAUCUGCGAGCUGCGAGGCUCGCGUGCCACACAGACAGCUGACGGCCUGUGCGGGCCUCUCUGCAGGCAGCCAGCUAACAGGUGGGGCUGCACGCAAUCGCAACAGUAUCCAAAUCGCAGAAGCUGCAAUUUUUUGAUAAAGGUCGAAUGUGUUACAAAACAGCAUUUUAAUGAAGUGUUGCAGCGAUGCCCCGGCCUACAAAUCUUGUUCUCCAGAUUAAGAAAGCAUGUUUGUUUGGUACAGACCCCAACAAAUGUCACGUCAUCAUGAUUCUAAUAGUUUUUUCAGUGAAAAUGAAAAUUGUAGUGCAAAAAUGAUAAUUCCCACUAAUCGUGAAUCAUUGCAGUCAUAUCUGUCAAAACAAUCGCAAUAUGAUUUUUUUUUUUUUUACCAUAUCGUGCAGCUCUAGAGGCAAACAAUUUAUACUGUAAGAGUGAUCUGAGCCAGUCGGGAAGCUUAUAGCACUGAUGCUAGAUUGGCUAUCCUUGUCGGCCAUCUUUCCUGUUGUAGCUGUCCCUUGAGAGUCUCCUGAAGCGAUGUUGCUGUAGGGCCACUCUUUGGAGGGAGGGCUUGUUUGUAGCUUUUUGACGGGCAGCUUGAGAUAGCUUGAUUCUUAAGAAUGUAGCCACACUGUGCAGUUACCAUUUGCACCUCCCUGAGACAGCUCCGGAGGUGGUUGGCUGAUCUGACUGCAUUCUGCAUGCAUUUACACAUGCAAUAGCUUUUUUUUUCCUGAUCCAGAUAAGAUAUCCAGAUACAGAUCACUUGUUAAUACUAAAUGGAAAUGGGUCCUUGUCCAGCUUAUAGGAAACACCUGCUGGGACGUCUCUGUUUGGACGGUCACCAACUAGUUGGGACUUAUCCGCAGAAUCACCAGCAGCUUUUCCACCAGAUUUCUGCUUGUUUCUACACAUCCUCAACACUACAGGACCCUGUUUACUAUAAACUGAACUACAUUAAACACGACUUUUCAUCAUUGGGAAAAUAUAUUUUGCUUGAAAAUUGGCUUAAUCUAAUCAACUCCUUUUUAUGUAUUUUUUUUGUAAAAAUAAGUAAAAACGCAAGCAGUGAACAUUAAACUUCGGAUUCUGAGCUCACAGCGCUUCGAUAGUGAUGUACCCUUUGUGCAUUCUCUGACCUCAGUAAACUUUGACCAACAAGCAUCUUGCUGUAUCCAGAAUGACCGCGUGGUCAAAGAGCAUGUAAACUACGGCAGAACCAGUCCUAGUUACACCCUUUAAGCAUUAGAUUGUGACUGUGAUGGCCUUUUUGUCCACCAAUGAGACCAGAUACCUGAGUAAAUGUUGUGUUCUGUGAUUGAGAUUCAGAUACCAAUCCAAAGUUUCCUUAUGUGCAAUGUUCUGGCAAUUUGUGGUCCAACGACCAGUUCAGACAUUUCUUGCCUCCUGUGUUACACGAGUUGCAUGUUGUCCUUGGGUAAUUUAAUGAAAAUGAUACAUGUCAAAUGCUUAUAAUUUACUCCUCUUAAUGAGAGCAACUGCUGCUACUCUUAACAUUGAGUUUUACAUGUCUAGUCAGAACACAUGAAACUGUUUAUCUUGUACUGUUCUGCACCCAGUCAGUUUUGUAUUUCACCAGCAUUAAAAUGAUUAAUAGGAGCA